CUGCCUUCGGGCCCACUUUUUGGGUGGGAACCAUAUCGGUGUAUGGAUGCGGAGAAUUCAGUUUUUAGUACAAAUUCGGCGCAGGAACGAGCAACGCGUCUCUUGCCGACCACAAAGUGCAGCGCGAUGUUCCCACCAAAAUUCGGACCAACUCCGCUUCCGAUCUCGAUAGCGCUGCCUGAUUCGGAUCGCAUGGCGGAUCAGGACGCGGUUCUGCCGGUACCCCUGGCCGACAGCCACUUGGACAUGGACCUCAAUCUGAAUCUAAAUAUGAAUACGAAUAUGAAUCUGAAUCUGCAUGUAGACGACAGGCGGCAGGUGCUCUUCGAGGGCUAUUCGGACGAGCUGCUGACCAUCGCCUGGGUGGCCUGCAUAGUGUUCAUCAUCGUGGGUGUUCCCGGAAACCUGCUGACUAUCGUCGCCCUUUCGCGUGGUCGACAGACCCGCAACUCGACGGCCAUAUUCAUCAUCAAUUUGUCCUGCUCGGAUCUGCUCUUCGGCUGCUUCAAUCUCCCAUUGGCCGCCUCCACAUUCAAGGAGCGGGCGUGGACCCAUAGUGAUCUGCUGUGCAGGUUGUUUCCGAUGCUGCGAUAUGGCCUGCUGGCGGUGUCACUGCUCUCCGUGUCGCUGAUCACCAUCAACCGGUACAUCAUUAUCGCCCAUCCCAGGCAGUAUCCAAGAAUCUACCAGCGACGGUAUUUGGCUUUGAUGGUAGCCGGCACAUGGGUCACCACGUUUUCCAUAAUGAUACCCACCUGGCGCGGCGUGUGGGGUAUCUUUGGCUUGGACGUCGACAUCGGAUCCUGUUCCAUCAUGCAUGAUCGGUAUGGCAGAUCCCCCAAGGAGUUCCUCUUCAUCGCCGCCUUCAUGGUGCCCUGCAUCUGCAUCGUGAUCUGUUAUGCCCGAAUCUUUCUGCUGGUGCGAAAGGCGGCCAUUCGCGCGGGAACCGCUGGCAAGAGCAAUGUCAGUGAUGUGACCCCCACCUCCACGACGCAGCAUCAGACUCAAGCCGUGGCCAUGCCAAAAAAGCCGGAGAAGGCGAGCACGUCCAGCGGCGAGGCACACGAACCAAUCGCAGGACGACCCUUUGUGGUGGAGGAGCACCUGGCGUAUAUCGAUGACAAUGCUUCGGCCGACAGUCUACCGAUCUCGUACAGCAUAAGGAGAAGGGAUCAGGACCAGCAGCCACCGCCAGUUGAUGCCAAUGUGGUGCUCAAGGAGCGGGAGAAGGAAAGGGAUCGCGAUCGGGAUCGGGAUCAGGAAAAGGUCAGCCUGGGACGCAGUCAAACGCAACUAGAGAUGGGCAAACCAGCUGGAAAGAACCCCAUCACCACCUCCCUGCGCACCUCCUUCACUCGGUUCAGCCCACGGAAAUCACACUACGCUUCGAUGGGCAAUACCUCGAAUGCUUCCUCCAUUUACCCGGGUAGAAUGAGUGCCAAGGACCGGAGAUUGCUCAAGAUGAUACUGGUGAUCUUUGUGUGGUUUGUAAUCUGUUAUUUGCCCAUCACGGUGGCCAAAAUAUGGAAAAGCGCCACCGAGGUGCACUGGUUCAAUAUUGCCGGCUAUCUACUCAUCUACUUGACCACCUGCAUCAACCCGCUGAUCUACGUGCUGAUGAGCUCCGAAUACCGAAGGGCCUACUGGAAUCUGCUGCGCUGUCACGGCUCUCCGGAUUCCCAGAAGCAACGGAAUCAGGCCAAUGCCAAGCGAAAGCACCUGGAGUCCAAUCGGCAGGUGAAGGCCACGACGUGACUC